UGUUUUAAUUGUUAGUGUUUCCUUUGGAUCAUGGCAUUAAUUCUGCAUCUGAAAUAUGCUGAAAACUUGAAGGGAAAAUCUGAUCGGUUGGCUAAGGUGUCUUUUAGAGGUGUCUUUCAUUACACAGAAGUUGUAGAAGAUGCAGAAGGAAGUGCUUUCUUUGAUCAGACUUUCCAGUGGCCUGUGGCUAGACCCAUUGAAAAAGAUGAGGUCAUUGAGAUUCAGCUUUUCAACUACAAUAGAUACCUGUCCAACAGGUUGAUUGGAAUGUUCCGGAUGUUCCUACAGGAACUGGUGGAGGUGGGAAAUGUCAAGAUUUGCGACUCUCUGUUGGACAGCCAUAAUGUGGUCAUGAAGACAACUGUGACCUUUGAACUGGUGUACAAUGCCCCAGAUGGGUCUGUGGGUAUGUGGCAGAAAGGAGGCUUUGACAAACUCACCUCUGAAGAACUUAGAUCCCCCCUCACAGAAGAAGACCAGAACCUCAGAAAUCUGGAACAAAGCAGUCUGGAUUCACAGUCUAUCAUCUCCACAGGUAGUCCCUCCAAAUCAAUCCAUGGAUCUAAACUCAGCCUGGAGUCCAAGAGGUCCGGAGGAAGGUCACCAAGACACACCAAAAAUUUGUCCUCUGUGGUUAAACUUAUGAUGAACGUAUCCAAGCAACGAGCAGGUGGGGGACUUCUAGAUGGCGAUGACAAACAAUCACUUAUAGAUGACAUAGAGACAGAUCCAAGUUUAGAUGCCAAAGCAGCAGAAAUUGCUUCUAUGGUGGGCGGCAAGGAUAGUAACCUUGAAGAUGAUCAGCAGAGUGAAGGUCACGGGUCAUUAUCAGCUGGACCUAUCAGCUUCAAAAGGUCUAAAGACAAAGUUCCACGAGUAGAACAGGCAUCCAUGAAAGCUCAGGAUUUUCAGGUCUGUAUAACAGUGAUAGAGGCCAGACAGUUGGCGGGAUUAAACAUGGACCCAGUAGUCUGUGUUCAGGUUGGGGACCAGAAAAAAUACACCAGCGUCAAGGAAUCCACAAACUGUCCUUACUACAAUGAGUACUUCGUGUUUGACUUUCACAUGGCUCCUGCAAUGCUGUUUGACAAGAUAGUGACCUUAACUGUUUGUCAGUCUGGACGUCUCCUAAGAUCCAACAAGCCUCUAGGAAACUACAAACUGGAUGUAGGCACUGUGUAUGCUGCAACAGAUCACCAAUUUUAUCACAAGUGGGCAAUGCUAACUGACCCAGAUGACAUUAAUGGAGGGGUCAAAGGUUACCUGAAAUGUGACAUUGCUGUGGUGGGCAAAGGUGAUUCAGUCAAGGUUCCACCAAAAAUGGAGCAAGAUGAUGAUGAUAUUGAAGGGAACCUACUUUUACCUGAGGGUGUGCCAGCAGACAGACAGAGAGCCAAGUUCUGCAUCAAUGUAUACAAAGCAGAGGGUCUGCCAAAGAUGAACACUGGUAUUAUGGCAAAUGUCAAAAAAGCCUUCACAGGAGAAAGCAAAGAUCUAGUGGAUCCAUAUGUCAAUGUAUCCUUUGCUGGGCAUCAGGGAAAAACCUCAGUAAAGAAGGGUUGUUAUGAGCCGGAGUGGAAUGAACAGAUCAUCUUCACAGAGAUGUUUCCUCCACUGUGUAGGAGGAUACAGAUACAACUUAGGGACAAAGACAAAGUGAAUGAUGAUGUGAUAGGAACACACUACAUCGAUAUUGCCAAAAUCUCCAAUGAAGGGGAAAAGGGUUUCCUCCCAACAUAUGGUCCCUGUUGGGUGAAUCUAUAUGGAUCCACUAGACAAUACAGUCUGCUGAAUGAAAACCAGCAUCUGAACGAUGGACUUGGUGAGGGGGUGUCAUACAGGGGGCGCAUGUUGAUUUCUCUGAGGACAGAAGUCAUUGAGAGUGCUGACUUAGGAGGACCUGCCACAGUGGAGGUGUGCACUGCCCUGCCCAUUCCAGAGAAUGCAGCUGGAAAACUUGACGAGUUCUUCCUGUUUGGCUGUUUUAUGGAAGCCUCCAUGAUUGAUAGAAGGCUGGGAGAAAAGCCUGUUCAUUUUGAAAUGAGCAUGGGAAAUGCAGGCAAUGUGUUGGAUGGGUAUAAUCCCCCCACUAAGAGAAGCAGCAGUAGUUCUAGUGAGGAGGAAUCUGAGGAGGAGGAUACAGCUGAUGAUGCCCCCCUUCUGAGUGAAGUAGCUGUGGAUACCCCAAAAUGGAAGAGCACCACCCCCACUCAGCGACCCUCCACAAAGGACAGAGUAUACUACAACUUACCGUACUAUGAGGAUAAGCCGUGUGUGUAUAUCAAACACCUGACAGAGGACCACAGAAGGAGAAUGUACAACUCUAAUAUAGUGGACAGAAUCAUAGAGAAACUGGAUGAUGGAAUAUCUGAGGUUCAUGAAAUGAUCAUUCAGGAACAGCCAUUCCCAGAGAAAAGAAUGAGAGGAGUUUUUGAAGAACUGGGAUCUUCUUGUUCUAAAUUUGUCAGCAUUGUGAAGGGAACCCAGGCUUCUGGAAAAACGAAGUUAGAUAAGGAGCGACAAAAGUUACUCAUCAGAGAGAUGGACCACUUAUCCACAUCCGCCAGAACAAUGAAAACCACCACAUCAAAACACAACCUGAAAGAGAAACUGAAAGUAGCCAGUCAAUAUCUUCAAAAACUCAAAUCAUUAUCUCAUGAGCCACAACAUGCCCUACCAGAUGUGUUCAUCUGGAUGAUCAGUGUCAACAAAAGGAUUGCCUACCAGCGGGUUCCUGCUCGUGAGAUCAUCUACUCUAUUGUUGAGGAAGAACGAGGCAAAUUCUGUGGCAAACUACAACUUCUGCUCCUAAGGUUGCCUGGAAAGAAGGCCACUGGUCAGUCUGGGUGGGGGAUUCAGGCCAAACUACAGGUUUACUUAUGGUUGGGACUCAGUAAACAUAAGAAGGACUUCCUGAGUGGACUGCCUAAAGGAUAUGAAGAGAGUAGACUGCUGCAGAUAGCCAACAAACCCCACUCUGUACCCCCAGAAUUCAUACACUACAGUGAUUCUGAGUCAUUCCAAGUACGAUGUCACAUGUACCAGGCUCGCAGUCUGAUUGGUUCAGAUGCCUCAGGGUUGUCAGAUCCUUUUGCCAGGGUAGCGUUUGGAGAUCAGAGUGUGUGUACCCAGGUUAUUGAGGAGACCCUCAGUCCUACGUGGGAUGAGAUGCUGAUCAUUAAUGAGGUCACGGUUUAUGGUCAGGUGAACGAGAUUGUUGACAACCCUCCUCUGAUUAUCAUCGAGGUGUUUGAUCAGGACAAAGUGGGCAAGUCAGAAUUCAUAGGAAGAGCAAUGGCCAAACCAGUGGUGAAGAUGAAAAAUGAGAAAUAUGAUAUGCCCAAAUUUCCUCCCAAACUGGAAUGGUGGGAUAUUUAUCGGGGACCAGACAAGGCUGGCCAGCUUCUUGCCUGCUUUGAAUUGCUGCAGCAUCCCUUUGAGGAGAAGGACCUGCGCAGUGCUCAUCUUACACCACCGUAUGCAAGGAAACCAAAUCUGUUAGCUACCUUUGGUGAGAUGACAGGACAGGAGUUACCUCCCUUAGAACUUCCGACAGGGGAGAAAGAUAGAGGUCCUGUCAUGCCUGUCCCUAAAGGAAUCCGACCAAUCCUUAGUAAACACAGAAUAGAGGUCCUGUUCUGGGGGGUAAGAGAUUUGAAGCGAGUACAACUGACAUCAGUGGAUAAGCCACGGAUUGACAUAGAAUGUGCUGGACAUGUUCUUGCCUCAACUGUAAUCCAAAACUACAAGAAAAAUCCAAACUUUGGAACUACUGUCAAGUACUUUGAUGUGGAAUUGCCCGAGAAUGAACUCUACUGCCCACCAAUAACUAUCCGGUGUGUAGACUGUCGAAAUUUUGGCCGCUAUGUCUUGGUAGGAACCCAUGUCAUCAACUCCAUACACAAGUUUAUGUAUGUACCCACGACAAAGAAAGCCAAAGCUGCACUACAAAAACUGUUCCCAGGGAAGGAUCCAGAUGCACCAAAGAUAAUAGCUACAAGUCCUGAUGGAGGAGUGAAAAUUGAAGAUGUGGGUAUCAAACUUGAUGAAAACAUGCCUCUAAUUAAAAAAGAAUCUCCUGUAACAAUUAACAUGAUAAAUGUCAAGGAGAAGAAGACGGAAGAGAAUUCUCGACGGAAGAAGAAGCACUCCAUGGAUGACGAGGAGGAUAUGGAUCUGGAGAGCAUGGAUUGGUGGAGCAAGUACUUCGCUUCCGUGGAAACACUUAUCAGGGAACAUGAAAGAAACAGGGAAGAUAACUUUGACAACCUGGACAUCUACAACCGGAUCGAAAAUCACUCCUCGGAACCUCGAUCUGGCACUCCGUACGGAGCUAUCAGUGGAGGGAACGUUGGCGGUAAUAUGACACAAAAUCAAACAGAUGAUGAUCCUGACUACAACCCCAAAGAAGCCAAGAAACUCGAAAAACAAAUGGAGAAACAAGAUGAGCAGAAGAAGACAUUCCGAGGGGCAGCAAAAGCGGUCAGUCUGGCCAACAAACUAUCCCCAAAGGCUCAGAGGAAGAAGUCAAAUACACCAGCAGUAGCACAGCUAAAGAACAUCAAGUCGGGACUCGGUCUGUUAAAUUCAGCUUUUGAUAUGUCGGAGGAAGAAGCUGAAUCAGACAAAAAGAAAAAGAAACAAACCUCCAGGAAGUUCAGAAAACUUGAGUCUGAGCUCAAGGUAUACCCCAAUGAACUGGAGGGUCAGACUGAAUUUGAUGGAUUUAAGGACUGGCUUCACACUUUUGAAUUAUACAGAGGGAAGAAGUCUGCUACAGAGGACACGGAUGAAAGUCGUAUUGUUGGAAAGUUCAAGGGAUCCUUGAAAAUCUACAAGAUUCCCCUGCCUGAUGAUAUUGAGGACACCACAAUAACUGGAGGAGACCCCACCUGUGGCCUCUUUCAGGGACUACCCAGCAAUGAUCCAAUCAAAGUCCUGGUCAGAAUCUACAUUGUUAAGGCAAACGAUUUGCAUCCAGCAGAUUUGAAUGGGAAGGCUGACCCCUACAUGGUGAUACGAUUGGGAAGCACCACCAUCAACGAUAAAGAGAACUAUGUCUCCAAACAACUCAACCCAGUGUUUGGGAAAUGCUUUGAAAUUGAGAGUACCUUUCCGAUGGAGUCCUUUCUUACUGUGCAGAUUUACGACUGGGAUCUGGUGGGAAUGGAUGACCUCAUCGGAGAGACCAAGAUUGACCUUGAGAAUCGCUACUACAGCCGUCACCGCGCCAUUUGUGGGAUCUCUGCUAAAUAUGACCAUGUUGGAUACAAUGCUUGGAGGGAUCCCAUGAAACCUACACAGAUACUGGCCAAACUAUGCAAGGACGGAAAAGUGGAUGGACCGCAUUACCAGCCAGGGAAGGUCCGAGUUGGUAACCGGAUAUUUACCGGUACCAUAGACCAUACAGAUGAUCAAGAGAGUCGUAAAAACCAUGAGGAACAAUUGGCUUUGUCGGUUCUUAGACGGUGGGAAGAAAUACCGAAAGUCGGCUGUAAACUAGUACCAGAACAUGUUGAGACCCGACCACUCUUCAACCCAGAAAAACCAGGCAUAGAGCAGGGUAAAUUAGAAAUGUGGGUUGAUAUGUUCCCUAUGGACAUGCCAGCUCCCCCACCCCCAGUGGACAUCAGUCCCAGGAGGCCAAAGAGUUAUGAGCUGCGAUGUAUUAUUUGGAACACGGAUGAUGUGGUUUUGGAAGACGAUGCCUUCUUUACGGGAGAGAAGAUGAGUGAUAUCUAUGUCAAAGGGUGGAUUAAGGGUCAGGAUGAUAUGCAGGCCACAGAUAUACACUACAGGUCACUUACCGGAGAGGGCAAUUUUAACUGGAGGUUUGUCUUUCCAUUUGACUACCUGGUGGCUGAGGAAAAAAUUGUGAUUUCUAGGAAAGAAUCCCUCUUUUCCUGGGAUGAGUCUGAAACAAAAAUUCCAGCUCGACUCAAUCUUCAAGUCUGGGAUGCUGAUCACUUCUCUGCAGAUGAUUUUCUGGGGGCUUUCACCAUGGACCUUAAUCGAUUUCCUCGUGGCGCCAAGUCUUCUAAGCUAUGCACCCUCAAUAUGCUGGAGGAUCCUAAUAUCCCUCACAUGUCCUUGUUUAAACAGAAAAGGGUCAAGGGCUGGUGGCCAUUUGCCGUCAAAAGCGAAUCUGGGGACGAGUACGAACUCACGGGCAAAGUUGAAGCUGAGCUCCAUUUGAUGACAUCAGACGAAGCGGAGAAACACCCAGCAGGGCUAGGAAGAAAUGAACCUGACGCAUUAGAAAAACCCAACCGACCAGAUUCCUCAUUUAUAUGGUUUUUGAAUCCCCUCAAGUCAAUUCGUUACAUUCUCUGGCACAACUACAAGUGGGUGAUUAUAAAGGUCCUCGUGGUCUUGCUACUGACUGCCCUAUUGGUCCUGUUCUUUUACUCAAUGCCGGGAUACACUGUCAAAAAGAUGAUGGGCGCUUGACACGUUCUCAUUACCGACAGGAAGCUACAUCAAUUUCCUCUACCGACCAACUUUGGUCAGUUGGCCAGUAGGUACCUAGGCUCUGACCAAUCAUUGCCCAUCGUCUGUGUCAUUUUCCUCGCUCAUCGGAAGAUUCUCCGACACAUGUUAGAACCAUUAAUUACUAUGUCAGGCAUCGUUUAACAAAAUAUGUGUUCAAUAAUAGUUUCAUUCACAAGGUAUAAGUGUUGACAUCAACAAUGAUAAUACUUUGUAGUCAAAAUGUGUGGACAAUAUGAUUCUACGGUAUUAGGAGUUCAAAUCUGGGGAUUGUCACACCCUGUUCUUACAGAGGCCUUUUACCACCUGCAGAGGCACUGGUUACCUUUACACCUGGUACUUACUUACCUUUGGCACAUACAGGUGUAAUUGACAGCAGGUAACAUCUAGGCCUGGCCUGAAGAUUGCGUAAUAUUAUAAAAUGCAGAUGGUAUUACAUGUACUACAUUAUAGAUAUUUUUUAUUCUUGGAUAAUGAUUAUUAUUAUGCUUGAUGUACAUUCCUUUCCCUUUCUGGAUAGCCAGGAAGAAAAUCAUUUUUCCCUCCAAAAUCCUAGAAUAUUUUGGUAGGAUUUUAUAGCUACAUCAUUAUUUAUGAGCCAGUUUCCAUUUAAAGCAUGCUAGGAAGUUUUUACAUACAGGGGGUAUAUACUUGAAAAGUGAAUGUUAUUUAAUAUUGAUGAACAGAAUAAGGAUAUAAUAUUAAUUUUUAUUAAUAGCAAGGUUAGUAAAAUUCAAUAUUGUAAUAUACAGAGUAAAGCUACAGUUGAACUUCGGUAUCUCGAACACUGAUAUCUCAAAUACCAUGAAUACGUCAAAGUGAUUUGGAAGUCCCAACCACUUAUUCCUUAAGUAUUUUACCCCUGAUAUCUCGAAUACUCAGAUAUCUGGAAGUUUUUCACCAGUCCCAUCGAGUUCGAGAUAACGAGGUUUGACUGUAUAUGUAUAAGAAUCUCUUGUUGCACAUGUCAAUCUCAUAUCUCAUAUGAUGUGAAUCUCACUAGUAUAUGUCUACCUUUCUUUGUAAAUAGAGGUGUAUAUAUUAUAAAUAUAACGAAAAUAACUAGUCUUUUAGAGGUAAUACCAAUAAUGUGUUGAUGCAAACAUGUAUAUAUAUAUGUAUAAAUGUACUGAUAUUCAUAUAUGCAUUAAGGAUAUCAUUUUUCAAUGAAGUAAAGUUAAUGGUGUCUGCUGGAAAUUAGUUUUUUGGUACUUUGGAUUAUAUUAUUACCGGUAUUGAAAUAAUUCAUUCAUAAUGUUUAGAAUUGGUUUUCGGUCCUUGUAUGUUUGUAUGUUCUAAUCACUCUAAAGUUCUCAACAAUCAUCAAAUUGUAAAACAUUGAUAUAUAUUAGAUUUAGUUUCAAGUUAUUUGUAAUUGACUUUUGACAGUUUUUGUUAUUAUUUAUUAAGGAAUCUACUCCAUCAGGAUGUAUUUUAAAAUUUCCUUUUUUAUGAGCCUGGAUUAAAAAAAAAAGUACCAUGAAUUAGAGUCAUUUACAUCUAAAGCAUGACCUAUUAACCUUUGCACAACAUGUAUUAAUCCAGGCUUCAGUUUUUGGAGUUUGGUGAAAAGAUAUUUGAUUUAUUUUCUCUUUGUACAUUUGACUAUAUUCAGGAAAAUAGAAAACCCACCUCUAAAUGUUUGCUGGGAAAAUGUGAACAUGACAACUACUUAUCAAAUGAUCUUGAAAAUACCAAAAAAUACAUUAAAAUCUUAUUAUACAUAUAAACUGUUACUUUGUGCAAUAUUGUUAUGAAUUUUUAUAUUAUAAUUAUUGAGUAGCAUAAUUAAAGGGCUACAUUUUUUGUUGUAAAUUGCCCUGAAAAGAAAAAUACAGGUAUGUUAUUAUGUUUGUUACUUAUAUAAAAUGUGAGCAUGUGUAAUUAUGGAAUCCUGACCGAAAUAUUAAACAUGAUGCAUGGAUUGUUAUAAACUAGAUGUCAGACAGUUUUCAAAUUGAAAUAACAGAGGAUGUUUUUCACUGGAUAAAAUUAUCAAAAUUAAUUUCUUAGGUACCAGGUGUAGGUAUAUGGUUUUAAUAUUUUUCUUAUUGGAAGAAAUUAUUAAAGAUCUGUAAUGUGAUAGGAAAAUGUAAAUUGCUUUUAAUCAAUUUACUACACUACAAUGAAUUAAAAAACAAUUGUUAAGUACUCUGGAUUAAUUGAAAAAUCCUGAUAAAUUGUGAAAUAAAAUGUCUCAUGGCAUGUCAAUGAUAUUGUUUGAUUGACAUUACUAGCAAUUCUGUGAUAAUUUUAUUGUUUAGAGACGUUAAAAAAAAUUGCAGUUAAAACUAAUUCCCCAAAAUUGUCUUCAUCUAAUGCUUCGACUAAGAUUGCUUUUAAUUCACUGAAUUCUAAUUCAUUUUGUUAAAAUAGAACAGGCUUGUUCCAAUAUGGUGAAAAUUAAAAAAAAAAAUCUGGUUUCAUUAUGCUUACUCCUUCCUUUGUUUGAUCUCUGACAAAAGCAAUCAAAUUUGUCUUGUUUUCUGAUUAUUUGUUAUUCGAUACCAAAGAGGCAGACUUGCUGUAUGAUAAUUUUUUUUUUGACUGUAGAUUGUUUUAGAGAAUUCAUUUGAAAUAUUUGCCUCAUUUGGUACAUGGUGUUUGAACAAAAAAAUUUAUACUGUGAUGCACAAAAUUUGUUGUCAAUAAACAGGUCAUUGCAGUU